AUGCGCUAUUCCGAGUAUAAUCAAAAGGUUCGCAACUCUCCUAGAGUAUCUUUCUUAACGAAUACACAGAACCGUUCCUAAAACAAAAUAAUUCAGUGAAAAUGCGUGCCUUCAGCGUUUGCUUAAUACUGGUGCUGUUCAUGGCGCUGCUGGUCGGCACUAGUGGUAAUCCCGUCGGCGAUAAUGCUGUGCUCACUUUAGAGACAGCCGAACAACCGUUAACAUUGUUCGAUGUCGACGCGCAGCAAGGACAUGAAAACGAAGGCGAUCGCUUGGCGCGAGGCUACGGUGGCUACGGUGGCUACCGUGGUGGUUAUGGUGGUUAUCGUGGCGGUUAUGGUGGAUAUCGUGGUGGAUAUGGUGGAUACCGCGGUGGAUUUGGUGGCUAUGGCGGUCGUCGUGGUGGUUAUUAUGGUUAAGAUGACAACAAAUAUACAAGACAAAUAUACAUACAUAUGUAUGUAUAUCUCUGAUUUGAAUUGUGAAAUUAAAAAUGUGAUUUACGAAACUUCAAAAAUAAAAUUUAGACAAUAACUUGUUGUGUUUUCUGUUAAAAAAUAAAUAAAAUAAAAAAAUGUAUUCAACUUUAGUAUCAGCUUAUCCAAUAUUAAAA